AUGGUUUCUGCCACCGACGCUCAGUUGAACAUCCCCGCUGAGGAAACGUUUUCUAUUGCCCACAAGCAGUACAAGUUCAAUGGACUUGAAGACAUAGCUUCGGUGCUAGACGACUUGAAGAAGAGAACAAACUUGAAGAAGGUGGACUUAUCAGGUAACUCAUUGGGUGUUGAAUGUUCCAAGCUUCUUAGUGAAGCCCUUGAAGCUCAUAGGGAUACUUUGGUUGAAAUCGACUUAUCUGAUUUGUAUACAGCUAGACUUAACACUGAGAUCCCUCAAUCAUUGUCAUAUAUUUUACCUACUUUGGUCAAGUUCCCCAACUUGAUUAAGAUCAACUUGAGUGAUAAUGCCAUUGGGUUACAGGCCAUUGAACCUGUUGAGUCUUAUUUGGCUGAAGCUGUUGCCUUGCAACACUUGAUUUUGUCUAAUAACGGGAUGGGCCCCUUUGCAGGUGCGCGUAUAGGUACUUCAUUGUUCAAGCUUGCUAAAGCUAAGGCUGACAACGGUAUUACCACCUCUUUAAAGACUUUUGUAUGUGGUCGUAACAGAUUAGAAAACGGUUCUAUCAACCAUUUGUCUGUUGGUUUAAGAAACCAUAAGGAUUUGGAAAUUGUCCGUUUGUACCAAAACGGGAUCCGUCCAGCUGGUAUUGCCAAGUUGGUUUCUCAAGGUUUGAGUCAUAACUCCUCUUUGAAGGUCUUAGAUUUGCAAGAUAACACUGUUACCACCGUUGGUGCUGACCAAAUCGCCAUAUAUUUAGGUAGAUGGCCCAAAUUGGUUGAAAUAAACUUCAAUGACUCCUUGUUGAAGCCCCGUGGGUCUUUACUUGUCUCCAAGGCAUUAUCUGAAGUUGAAUUACCUCUUUUGAAGAGUGUGAGAUUGCAAUACAACGAAUUAGAAGCUGAUGCAUUGGAGGUAAUAGCCACUACUUUGUCUAAGGGCAAAUUGCCCAAGUUGACAUUAUUGGAAUUGAACGGUAACCGUUUUGAAGAAGAGUCUGAAUUUGUUGACCAGAUCAAAGAAACUUUUGAAACUAGAGGAGAAGGUGAAUUGGACGAGCUCGAUGAACUUGAAGAAAUUGACAGUGAUGAAGAUGAGGAUGACGAUGAAGAUGAUGACGAAUCUCAAGACGCAUUAGAGGAAGACUUGGACUUGGACCAACUAGAAAAGGAAUUGUCAGGUUUAAGUGUUGACGAAGGCAAGGAUGCCUCCGUUGAUGAUCUUGCUGCAGAAUUGAGUAAGACCCAUUUGAAAUAG